AUGCUGAAGAGUUUGCACGAUUGGGUGAUGUUGAAGAGGAUGCUGACCGGCUUGCGGAAUUUGUUGGUCAAAUUAGAGCUAUGGGAGUCCUGCGAUUUAUACGGAGACUGUACCAUCUUCGAUUUGGGCCUGGACCUUUUCCAUGUUCGUACCAUCGUUUUUAGCGGCAUGCGUCAUCGGAUUAGCGAUGCACUACGAAAACUAAAAGCGUCGAUGAUCCCGACCCUUUUCUAUCAGGUUCUCAAAGGUCGCGAUCUGGAAAAUAUCAUCUUUGAUGUAGAGGAUGCAGACGUCUUUGCUGCGAUGGAAGAGCUCAAGCUCCCCUGCAAGGCCAUUGAUUGGGAGUUAAGCAGGAAAUGGUUGACAUUUUCUAAUUUGAAGGAACUGGUGAUACGGACGAAUGCGUACGACUGGCAGAGGCAUAGUUUUGAGGAUGGAAUAAUCUCGUCGUUGAAUAAGAAUGAUAUCGUCACAGAACAUAACCAGCUCGAAAAGAGAGAUAUUCAGUGCAGAACAGGCCAUGGAUACAUAGGCGAGUAUUACUCACAAUUCGUGCCAAGUAAGGACGUUGACUGCCCUUGUGCAGAGUUGUUUCAGACACGGGAGCACACCCUGCGUUCAUGCACCCUCUACGAAGAGCAACGGGGGAUCCUCCGGAAUGUGUCAAGGACUGUAUACCUACCAGACAUCCUUGGCACCAAGGAAGGAAUCACAGCACUGAGCGAGUUCAUGGAAAACACAGGAGCAUUCACCUGGACGGGACAACUACAAAACGAGAGGCUCGCCCCAGAGCCAGAAGAAGAAGGAGGAGGAGGAGGAGAGUGGUGGGAAGAAGAUGAGGGCGACACGGAAGACGAGCACGGGUAA